AGUAGCGAGUCAGUCGGCUCCUGCGCGCUAAGCUCGCCAGCGGCAGUAGCGCCGAAAUUAUUCUCCCUGCUGCUGCUGCUGCGUGUGUGUGUGUGCGCGAGAGUUUGUAUACAAUAGUGUGUGCGUGCGUGCGUGCGCGAGCGAGUCGCCGUGUGUCGGUCCGCAGCUGCUGCCGCGCGGCAGUGUCAUGGAAAUCACCUGACGAGCAGUCGCGCGGGAUGAUCCGUGCAGCGCGCAGGAGCGACAGACAGACGAAGAGAGAGAGAGAGAGAGAGCUGCGAGGAGAAAUUGCGCGCAAUGAGAAGCGAUCGAAUCGCGCGGCUCCGCUGCUGCUGGCAUCAGACCGAACGGGGCUACUGACUACCUACGUAAGAGCGAGAGAGAUGAAAAAUUAAGCCAGGGCGAGAGAGAGAGAGAGAGAGCGAGAGCGGCGAAUAUAUAAGCCAGCGUUCGCGCGACGAUCGAUUUUGCCACUACCGCCGAGGACGAGCAGCAGCCAGAGAGCGAGUGGCCGCCCCGCGGCCGCGAUCCUCCAGUGCGAGCGCGAUACCUGCACACCCGCAGGCGGUGAGAUCUGGCUCCGCGUGCACGGCACGCACGUGCGUUGAUAGAUAGAGAGAGAGUGAGAGCACUGCCACGGCGGCGAGCAACAGUCUGCACAGUGCGCCGCGGGCAUCGGCGGAGGGACACGUGUGCAGCGCAGAGCGGAUGCAGCCGCGGACACACAGCGCUUAGGAUGGGCUGCACGAGCUACCGCGGCUGCGAGGCGACGACGAAGCUGAAGACGGCAGCAGCCUGCAAACCGGUCGCGGCGGAUCAGCUGGUGCGUCGUCGGACGAGCGCGACCUGCGCAGCCGGAGCAGCCGGACGACGCUGUGAGAGGUAGUGCAGGAGGAGAUGCAGAGGCUGCGCUCGACGUUCAAGAGGUCGCGCACCCCGACCGGCGCCGAGAUGAAGUCCCAGUCGAGCCUCGAGGUGCCGAAGCAGGUGCGCUCGGCCUCCUUCGACGAGAUCCAGCUCGAGGCCCAGCGACAGGAGUCCAAGGCCAACGCCGAGCUCAAGUCCAUCGCCAACAUAGCCAUGGCCACGAGCAGCAGCCUCAGCCAGCAGCAGUCGUCCUCCGCCUCGUCCUCCUACUCGCCGGGCCGCUCGCUCGCCGCCGCGGACCCAGCUGCCUCCGCCUCCUCCUCCAGCGGGGCCGUGCGCAAGUCCAUCGCCACGCUGCGCAUCCCCCAGCUGCAGACCGGCCAGCGCAGCAAGAGCUUCGACGUGGCGACGGCCGAGCGCGGCCACGGGGCCAGCCUCCUCGACCGCUCGUCCUCCUCGGCCUCGGCCUACGGCUACGUCUCGCGCUGGCGGAGCAGCGCCGAGCGCGAGAACCCGCCGGCCCAGGCCUACAGCUGCUGGCACUGUGCCUGCGUCGACGAGUACCGCGCGUCCAUCGGCGCGGCCGGCUCCAACGACUCCUGGGAGGAGGACGACGACGAGGACGAGGCCGACGACGAGGAGGCGGACGACGAGGCCGACAGCGGCGCCGACUGCUCCAACCAGCUCCAGCCCUCGGCCGUCCAGCUCGACAGCAGCGACAACAGCUACUACUUCGUCGUCGUGCAGAAGGCCUGCGAGCCCGAGGCCCCGGAGUCCGCCGCCGCCGUCGCCGACGAGGAGGGCAGCGACUGCUCGCGCCGCGAGGGCAGCCCCGAGAUCCGGGUGACCCUCACGCCCAGCCCGGACCUGCGCUCCAGCACCGACGCCGAGCCCGACUCGGCCGGCGAGGCCAGGUCGCCCCAGCUGCUGCCCCAGAGCCGGCAGCGGCGCAGGUCCAUCACCCGGCAGGAGGCCCUCACCGCCUUCCCGCCGGACCUCUCGCUGCACGGGAUAAGCCUGCUGGCCGACGACAGGUCCACGACCGGCCAGAGCAGCCCCGACGAGGACGACGACGAGGACGACGAGAACGAUCAGGAGAGCGACGCGACCUGCGGCGCCGCGGCGGCCGGGGGCCUCGUCGUCAGGGACAUCUUCCUGACGGUGCCGGAGCUGAAGCGCGACCGGGCCGCCUCGGUCGACUCGUGCUUCAACAACAACAAGAACGGCAAGAUCGAGACCUGCUACUCGCUGCAGGUGCCGCAGCAGAGCGCGCGCUCCAAGAGCGUCGACAUCGUCCUGCCGACCGACGUGCAGACGAGGUACACGGCUCUGCUGCCCGGCAACGAGGAGGCCAGACCUUUUACUGGCGACAAGGAGGACGGGGGUUCCGGACCCGGUCAGAGGGAGCCAAGAUCAACACCCGAUUGGAGCGACGCCGCCUUGAACGGAGAACAUCUCUGGGUGCCGACCGCUGCCUCCGGUGAAUUCUGUUACGUCAACGACUGUUCGAAACACGGUCCACGACUAAAGUGCUCGGCCUGUCGAGUGGUCGCGCACUCGGCCUGCACGUCCGGGCUGAACUUCGCCUGCAAGCCGAGCUUCCGGGACGUCGGGGUGCGCCAGUACCGCGAGCAGAAGGUGACCAACCACCACUGGGUCCAUCGUCGCUCGCAGAAGGGCAAGUGCAGCAACUGCGGCAAGUCCUUCCAGUCGAAGCUCAGCUUCUCCUCCAAGGAGAUCAUCGCCGUGAACUGCAGCUGGUGCAAGAACGCCUAUCACAAUCGCGAGUCCUGCUUCAACGCCCAGCGCAUUGGCGAGGAGUGCGAGCUCGGCGUACACUCGGGCAUCAUAGUGCCGCCCUCGUGGAUAGUCAAGCUGCCGAGGCGGGGCAACUUCAAGAGCAGCCUGAGAAAGUCGCCGAAGAAGAAGAGAUCCCAGCCGAAGAAAUCCAAGGACAAGGAGGAGGAGAAGGAGGACCCGGGCCAGCUCUGGGUCGUCAAGCCCAUACCGACGAACAGCGUGACGCCCGUCCUCGUGUUUAUCAAUCCCAAGUCCGGGGGUAAUCAAGGCGCGAAGCUGCUGCAAAAGUUCCAGUGGCUGCUCAAUCCACGCCAGGUCUUCGACCUCACGCAGGGCGGCCCGAAAAUGGGACUGGAGCUGUUCAAGAAGGUGCCAAACCUGCGGAUACUGGCUUGCGGCGGCGACGGUACCGUCGGCUGGGUUCUCUCGGUCCUCGACCAGAUCGGGGCUAAUCCAGCACCGGCCGUGGGCACACUACCCCUGGGCACGGGUAACGAUCUGGCCCGAGCUCUCGGCUGGGGCGGCGGCUACACGGACGAGCCCAUCGGCAAGAUCCUCAUCAGUAUGGCCGAGAGCGAGAUCUCGAUCCUGGACAGGUGGCAGCUCGUCGUCGAGCGCAACCCGGACGCCUCGGGCAACGACGAGGACGCGGCCAAGGGCAAGGAGAACCUGCCGCUCAACGUCGUCAACAAUUACUUCUCGCUAGGCGUCGACGCCCACAUCGCCCUCGAGUUUCACGAGGCGAGAGAGGCCCAUCCGGAGCGCUUCAACUCGCGGCUGCGCAACAAGAUGUUCUACGGCCAGAUGGGCGGCAAGGACUUGGUGGUUCGCCGCUGGAAGGAUCUCUCGGAAUUCGUGACCCUCGAGUGCGACGGCCAGGACAUGACACCGAAGCUGAAGGAGCACCGAGUCCACGCCAUCCUCUUCCUCAACAUCGCCUCCUACGGCGGAGGCACUCAUCCCUGGGGUGGUGGCAUCGGCAGAGAACCCACCACCGAGGACGGCCUCAUCGAGGUCGUCGGACUGACCACCUAUCAGCUGCCCCUCCUACAGGCCGGAGGACACGGCACGAGCAUAGCCCAGUGCAGCACUGCGAAAAUCAUCACCACCAGGACCAUACCUAUGCAGGUGGACGGCGAGGCUUGUCGACUGCUGCCCUCCAUUAUCAGCAUGAGCUUGCUGAAUAAAGCGACGAUGCUGUCGAAACGACGCAAUACCGGCGGAGGCCGGAGACAGAAGGCCGCGGAGAUCGAGAGGCUCAAGAUACCGCUCAUGAGGAUCAGAAUGGUCGACUACGAGAGGUUCCACUCGGACAAGGAACAGCUCACGAAGGCGGCCACGGCCUGGAACGCCGAACCUCUCGACCUCGACGCCGCCAUGGACCUCGAGUCCCUCAGGAACAUGCUCGCCAAGGAGUAUCCCAUGGAUUCGUGCUGUUUUCUCGACUCUUGUACGGCGGAACGGUUUUUUAGAAUUGACCGAGCGCAGGAGCAGCUUCAUUACGUCACGGACGUCGUGAGCGAGGCCAUCUACGUUCUCCAGGAAGGUCCUGCGAGCCAAGGCUCACAGAGUCAACAACAGUCCGAUAAUCAAGCGACAUCGAGAGAAGACCGGCGAAAGGCGUCCGCUGAGAAGAAGGCGCGCACCGAGUCGAAUCGCUCCCAGCAACACCAGGAGGAAGAUCAGCAGAGGUCGCAGCAUCAAUCACGAGCGGAAUCGGCGGCGAGGUCGCGUCACCCGUCCGGCAGCAACGUCAGCCGGAACAGCCUGGCCCCGAGCGACUCGGAGCGAAGGCGUUCCGCCAGCGGUGACAACUACGUCAACAACGAGGACAGGCAAGGCUCGUCGUCUAAGCAUCACGGCUCCUCCAAGUCCAUCACGUCAGCCGGUGCUCGCAGUGCUACGGGGCAGCGCAUGCAGCACGAGCAGCCGCCCGCGUUCAUUAGUCCGCGAGACAGGCUGUUCGGCCUGAGCUCGGAGGUGCACACGUUCAGCACGGAACUGCUGGAGAAGACGUCGGACGGAAUCCUGAGAGCGGCGAAGGUGGGAGACCUGCCGGCGUUGAAGGAACUACACGAACGGGGCUACUCGUUGCUGUCCAUCGACUCGACGGGCCAGACGGCCCUCCACCUGGCAUCGAGACUCGGCCACCGGGACAUCGUGAGAUACCUGAUCGCGUGCGCUCCACCGACGAUUCUCAAUAUGGUCGAUAACGACAAGGGUCAGACGGCUCUCCACAAAGCGGCGCAGCAAAAACGCCGAUCGAUCUGCUGCAUGCUGGUGGCUGGCGGCGCGAAGCUGACGGUCCGGGAUCGCAACGGAAGCACACCACGGGAGCUCGCCCUGAUUGCCGAGGAUCGCGAACUCGCCGCCUAUCUCCACAGUCAAGAACAGUUCCAACUGGUGACGGAGGACAUGGACAGCAUGUCAUGAUUUCGUGAACGUGCGUAAACCCUGCAGAGCCGAGAAAGAAAUCUGUCUCUCAAGCCUUGACCCGAUGUAUCUUCCUAACAGCUUUAGAGUGAGAUUAUAGAGAGAGAAAGCAGCACACACACGCGCGCGCUCAUAUACACACAGCGCAUUGUCUGAGCGUUUAAUCCCCGAGAUUAUCCAGGGCCGCGAUCGUCUCUCCCCCUCUCGCGUGCUCUGGCAAAUACAUGUAUAUAUAUAUAUAUAUAUAUAUAUAUAUAUAUAUAUAUAUAUACACAUUGCGAAAGCGAGCAAGUCAGAAGAUUUUGCAGCUACGCGAGCGCGGUUCAGUUAUAAGCCGAAAUUCUAAUGUGGUAUGUCGUGUGUGGGAGGCGAGUAGUAUCAAAGUAUUAACGAGAACGGGAUAACUCAUUUAGAGCCGUGUGUACAUUUUAAAGUUAUAUCUUCUAGGGGGACAAGUAUAUUACACUAACCAAGAGAAAUGUGUGUGUGUGUGUGUGCGUGACUCUCUGGUGGAUGUAUAGAACCAAUUAUUAAUUAAUUCUACAACGGAUUUUAAUAUUAUACUCUCGAACUACCAAACGAUAUAGAGCAAAUUUCUACACGUUUACAAACGUAAUUAACUGCAGAGUAAACAAUUUUGACGUCUUAACGAUAUGUUCAUAUCAGACUUUUAACCGUUAAAACGAAAUACACACAUAUGUAUAUUAUAUAUUAAUAUUAUUAUGAUAACAAAAGAAAAAAAACACGUACGACUUAGCGUUUAGCGAACCGACAGAAAGUGCUCGUAUAUCAAAGGGAACGGAACACGCGAAUUUGAGGCUUUCAAACUCUCGAGGAUAUACACCUACAUUUACUAUGAUAUUAUAAUCGUAAUUGAACAAAUUCCUUCAUCAUUGUGUGGCAGCGUCCACUAACGCAUCACAUUAUAAUGGAUGUUCCGUACCAAUCCAAAAACAACACAUCGCUAUAACUACUACCUUGAAGUACAGGGUGGGGUAGGCUAAAAUUAGAUUUUAUCAAACCACGAGUGGCAAGAGAAGCGGCCCGAGAGAAGGAGCAGAAACAAAUGAAAGAAAUCGAAAGGUAUUUUCAAAGUCAAUUUGUAUAAAUUUUUAAUUCGGUUAUAUAACGAGAAAAAUGGAUGACAAGAAAAAAAAGAAAUGAAAAUAAAAAUAACGACGUAUUUUCUUAUUAUGUGAACGAACGUUUUGUUCAAAACUGCGUCUGAUUCGUUUUAAACGGCCGAAAAAAAAAAUGAACAAACAAAAACAAACGGGGAAAGAUAAAGAAAUUUUAUUAAACAGCAUAGGUAUUUAUUCAGUACCAAUAUAUGAACAAGAGGGAUCAACGUACGAACACCAAUUAGCUAUUAGAGGCGGUCUAUCGCAACUAUACUAUUAUACUGCUAUUGUUAUAUAUAAAUAUAAUCUAAUCUUACGUAUCGACUAUUGAUAAGGUCGUGUUAGCCUAUUUGAAAAUUUCGGGAGGUACGUGCUGCAGUAGCCAAUAUAUAGUAUACUGCAGCUACGCGAUUAAACGAUAUAAAUAUAUAAAUAUAUUAUAUCUAUAGCUACAACAGUCAUCCUUCCACUAUGUCUAAUUUUUCGUGUCAUUAAUUAUACGGUAGACGGAGGAACCUCGAAAAGCGGAUAUAAGCUAUCAUAACUUUAUAUAGUAGAGAACGAAAGAUAAGCGCGGUACGAUAUGUAAGUAGAGCGCGUGUGUAUACGUUUUGAUUCUAGUUUCAGAUAGUUCUGAAAUCUCGACUGUAUAAAGUUCGUUUCCAGCAACUUUCGUUCGUUUUUGAGGAUAAAGUUAAUGUGAUCUCUCGAGACUAUAAUAACUUCGUGUGUACGUGUAUGCAGAGUCGGAAGGCGCGAUAGAGCUGUAGAUGAGAAUCGCGGCGUAACUUGUUAUGCAUAAGUCGGGUAAACACACAUACACUCGUGUCCGUCUCGAGAUGAGAGAAAACAAUCUGUACUUGGAGAGUCUCGUGAAAUGUGUAAUUUUUCUAUAUAGUUGCCUACAAUUCUCGUUAAACUCUGUCUCGUAAGAGAGGGUAAUAAUAUUUUGCUACUGCAGAUUAUAUUUUUUAAAGGGCAGUUUUCUUUCCAUUGAACGACGGCUGCGACCCGCUAUGUCGCGACGUUAUUUUAUUUGUCUUUAGCUAUAUAUACAUAUAUUUGAAUUUUAACGCAACGUUUUCGACGAAGAGAUUGACGAUAUUUUCUUAAUGCAGAAAAGAACCAUAAAAUUUAUUGAUAUAUACGUACGGUAUCAGUCGAACUCCAAACUGCACUGUAUAUGAAAGCGAUUAUUCUUCGAUCUCCGUAUACCUUUUCGCUCUUACAUAAAUAUAAGAAGAUACGUUUUAAAUCAUCGAAAGAGAUAUUUUAACGACUUAAAAUGCCUUUGCCGAAUCCCGGAAAAGGAGGCAUAAGUAUAUAUCUCGCUAUCACUCUACCAGUACAAAUAUAUUGAAAAAAUGAUCAUCAUUAAAAAUACAUUUUAUACUCUGGCAGAGUGCCGUGCAACGGAAUAUAAUCUGAUCCCUCUGUAUCUGCCGCGGGGUACAAAAGUAUAAAAAAAAAGUAUCGAACGGUUUAUAACAUUUUAGUAAUCCAAUUCUAACAAAAAAAAAAAACAAAAAUGUAAAAAAUUUUAACAAUUUUCGAAAAAUUCAAACGACAAUCCCUCGUAUAACUAUAACGUUAUCUUGUAUACUUAUGACGCAGAUGUUGAUUUCGUGUUGGAAUGAUAUAGAUGAACUCGUUUUCGUUAAGAGUCGAUCGUCGCGCUUUCCUCACUACGGCCAGACAGUAUUUAAUUACAUUAAAAAAAAUUUAGCAGAUUAUAUAUUAUAUGCAUGCCUGUAGUGUAUAUAACACAGAUAACUAUAUAGCGUUGAACGUGAACUCGAGCUCUAUAUAGCGGGAAGCAUCAAUCUUUUAAGUAAAUUAGCUACAGUUGGAUGCCGAAGAGGAUUUUAAAGAAUAUGUUUUAUUUAAUUAAAUGCGCCAUACCUCUCAAGAAAAUUUUUAUAAAUCUCACGGGACUUGCACACUUCAUGACCAGAUGGGUUGUUUGUAUCAUACACUUGUCAUCUACCUUUAUUUUUCUGAAAGAUGUUAAAUUUUCGUAGACGGAUGUUACGUAAUUGAUGAGGAAAUGAUAACCACAACUGAAUAAUUAAGUAAAGUAUGUGUAUAAUAAAUAUUCUUUAAAGUUGAUUAAAGUCAGCCUCCAGCUCUUAAACUAGCUGAGUCUUUGGGGUACUUAACGAAAUAUGCCUUGUACGGUCCAGAUUAGCACGUAAAACCGUGAGCAAAACCAGCAGCAGAUAUGUAGCGGAAAAAGAGACGAAUCGACUGCUAUCGAUUAGAAUAACGUCGAUAACUAAACAAAGCAUAUCGAGCGAACGGUCUCUGUAUAGAUAUGUACUAUGUAACUCACAGAUACACUUAUACUUAUACACACAUCGCGUUCCCGAGACUAAUGGCGAUGCUGUAAAUGUACUUAAAAAAAUUAUAUAUAUAUUGUAACUUUAGCGCGAGUGACUAUUGCGUGACAUAUACGAGCCGUAUGAGUUAAUUUGUUCAUAUGUAUGUGCGCGCGAUACGACGAUGUGUAGCGAUUACGACAUGAGAUAUAUCGAAUAUAUAACGUUAUAAAUUAUAAAACGAUGAUAUAGAAAAAAAAUUAUAAUGUACAUCGCUAAGGAGAGUUUGGAACUGGAUAAAAACGACAAGUAUAUUAUUAAAAAUAAAGAAAACACAACAUUGCCUUCCUCUCGAGAGAUAUCGGUAGCGGAGUUUUGCGGCCUGCGCGUUUUUUCUUUUACGUUUUAGAGCAAUAAAUCAGGACAAUCAUAAUGAGGUACACGCAGGCCGGAUUCUCACCGUUUCUCAAAUUGUAAUAGCAUCUAUCGUUGAUUUGAUUAAUUAUACGUAAAAAAAAGGAUAAAAACGCUUGUAUAUUGUCGAAAGAGAAUGAGAGACAGAAAAAUAGAGAGAAAAGGAAGAAAAAAUUAUAUAUAUUAUACAUAAUCAUAUCUGUAUUACGUUUUUAUGAAUGAUGAAAAGGCGCUUCGCGGUAGCUAUUAUACGUUGUAUAAAAUUUCAACUUUCAUUCGAGUGAUCGUACGUACACUGAGACAGUCUAGAUUGAGCCUGUGCAACGAAAUAUAACUGUAAUCGUACUACUUAGCAAGACUUCUGUAUUAUUUUCGACUACUUCGUCGACCAACGUACGCUUGAAAUCGAGGGGGUGUGGAAGCACUCCUUCGACGAAGCCUAAACUUGGAAUAGCUUGAAACGGAUUAAUUUUUAAUUGAUCUCGUAACCCUAUAGACUCGCUGAAUAAGUGACGACUUUAGCGUCCUCUCCAAGUUCCACAAAAAGCUCAGGACAUCGAUGGAGUCUUUUCUUUUGUGAACCCCUCUUGCAUUUUUCAUUCAAAUCUACGUCUGAGUCAGACACGUCGGGGAUUAUAAAACACCCGUGCUCACGAAAAAAAAGCCGAUAAAUCAAUGGAGUAUAGAAAAGUAGGGGCGUACAAUAGACACUUAUUUUUUAUUGUUCUUUCUCCGAAACUUAUGUGAGCGAAAACACGAGGGAACUACUCAUGGCUGAUUAUACAAUACUAUCGAAACGUGAAAAUCGCUAUGGCAGAGUAUAACUAAAUUCUUCUUGUUUCUGAAUUCACGAGUUUAUAUUCGAAAUUGUAGAAAAAAAGAACACGACUAAGUGAUGUAAAAAUUCCUUUUUUAGAUGUUAACGAUAGCUCGAACGCGUGUUUAUCGUUUAUAGAACGUGUGUUUGAAAUUAAAGGGAAAAAACACAAUUAAUUAUUUAGAUAAUUUAUUGUUACGUGAAUUUAGAACUAUACGCUAAACUAGACGAAAUUAUACGAUACAUAUAUUGAACAAACUAUUUCCUAGUUCUUCUAUUUUUCCAAACUUUCGUUAAGUGUUGUGGUCAAUACUUACAUUUUUUAAAUAUUUUUCUAGUGUUUACAACUUGAUCGAGAAAGUGUAGGAAGGUGUUUGGCUUUAUUACAUGCGAUUUCCAAUUUUUCACCAAUUGAAUCGUUCUCCAUCUCUUACAUUUUUUUACGUGACUAAUGUUACCUAGAGAGUGUAUACAUUCUAUGGUAGUGCAUUUUUGGUCUAUUAAUUUUAUCACGAUUAAAUGUUACAUAUACAAGUUUUUCCUAUUAUGUAACAUGUUAAUAUUGAAAUGUUAGAUAUGAUGUAGUUUUUGAAGUCGUAAGAUUUUUGUGCGAGGAAGUCUUUUCUCGAUUUCUUCGACCUUGUCUUCUCUUAUUUUUUCAUCUUCGCAAACUUAACAUCCACUGUGAUAUUUACCUUUAACUUAUGAUUUCGAACUUCAUCAGGACUCGCUCAGAAUCAAAACAAAACAGUUGAGUUGAUUUGCAAAAGAAAAAAAAAAAGAAAAAAUGGUUGUGAAAAUUUGAAAAAAAGUAGCCAAGUGUGUGACCGCGAGGUAACGAGGCAAGAAGGCGGAGCGAGUUCCUAUCAAAUUUCAAGAAGGGCAGCAAUUUAUAUGUGACACUUUAACAGACAAACACCAAAGUAUUACAAUGGGAGAAAUAGUGAAGUUUAUUAAAAGAACGAAUUGAGGAAAAGUUAAAAGUCAGAAUGAACUACGUUUACUCGAAUACGAGGAAAACUUUAAAACAGGCUGUUGCUAUCUUCUGUAAGAAUAUUCACCAUUGCUGUUAUGUAUUAUAAUCUCUGAAACGUAAAUUAUUUGUUAUUUAAAGAGAAAAACGAGAUAUUAUAAUUUAUAUCGACGAUAUUGCCAUGAAUGAUUAACUAAAAUUUUGUAAAAAAAAUUCCUUAUGUAUAUACGUGAAUUGACGACAAUUCGUAGACGUAGUUAACUACUAUAAUUAAAAUGAAAGAGAAUCUUUCACGAAAGUUUCUUUCCUCACGAAAUCUUUGUUCUUCCACGUUUGGCAUUCUUUUAUAAGAAAUUGCGUUGUCAUGCAGACAGACUACAUGUGCUUUCUUCCCGUGUGAUAUAAUUACUUCUUACAUAUGUAACGUAACGAGCUAUGCGAUCUAUUCCGUGUUAAUCGAUUUAUUUUUUUUACCCUCCUAUCAUUGUUAACUUCGUAGUGUAUAGUUUGAAAUUUUGAAUUCUCGUGAGAAUGUAAGCGUCAAAAUUUAUGAUCGUUAUUGUUGUUAUUAUUAUCAUUAUUAUUUAGUGGCGUUAAUUGUCGUUGCGUUAAUAAUGAUAAAUAAGUUUAUGAAUAAAGUUUCAAUUCUUUCCAUUUUCCACAUUGAGAGGAAGAGAGUAGUCUAUUUAAAAAUAUAAUGUAAUAUUAUUCUCGAUCAAUCGUCCUCUUAAUUUAAUUUAAUUUAAAUUACUAUAAUAAACGCGUUUGCUAGUCAAAGGUUCAAAGCGUAAACUACUAAAUCGAAAAAUAACGUUGUUACUUUAAGGGGCUGCUAGUGCAUGAAUAUAUGCAAGACGUAAUAACAGGUAUACGUUCUAAUUUUGCUUUGACUCUAUCAUUUCAUCCAGCUUAUGUUCGAAACUCACUUUCGUUAUACGAAAUAGCUGUAGUGGUUUCUCUGUGAAUAUCAAAGGUACGACUGUUUGCGUAAGAUACAACGAAAAUUUGUCGUCGACUUUUUGGAGACUACUCUAAUGAUAAACUUGUUACUUCUCAGAGAUAUGACACUUUUUGUCGUGAACGUUUUAGCCUACAGCUGAUAAUAAAUCCAAGUAUGUAUAUUGUGCGUUCGUAGCCCCUUAAAACUAUUUCAAUUUAAUGAAGAGAAUUACAACUUAAUAUUGUUACGAUUAUCAUCGUUAUAUAUCGUAGUUUAAAAACUGGCUAUUUUAAUAUAAAAAGAACAUUCGAAUCGCAGAAGAAUUUGUAUAAGAGCAGCUUAUUCGGAAAACAAUUGGCCAUAAGACAUUCGACAAAGAGCAAAACUGUAUAUUCCUGCCGUUGGGAAAGUUGGACAAUUUCAAUUUGAGACAACGCAAAUUUUGUCCAUUGUAUAUUUAGGUAAAAAAACUUGGUAAAAAUGAUCAUACCUUAUACAAACAGAAUCUGCAUCAUAAGACAGGACCAAUAAAUAGGAGAAAUCGAAGUGUUGAAUUUCGUACAGGUAUAGAACCAAUCUGUUGAAUAAAAGUAAAACGAAAAACUGACAAAUCCUUAAAGACAACUCGGCACUUCUCGGUAAGCAUGAAGUGCUGAUGUAUAUGUAUAUCGAUUCGUUAUUCCAAUCAAUCGUAUUAUCUUACAGUGUACUCGCGUAUAUUUUAAUACAUAAUAAUUGCAUCCUAACGCAGUGAGGUAAAGAAAAAAUGAAAAAAAAAACAUUUUCUAGCGUAUAGACAAUUCUUACCGAGAUAUGCAGGCGUACAGUGGCGUAGCAUAUAUCAGCGCGACGAGGCUGUAAUCGCGCGACUUGUGGUACGAAACUUAUUAUAAUCACGAUGGUAUUGAAUCACUAUAUUUUCCUCGAUAAAAGAAAAUGAUUUACUUCUAGUGUUUAUUAAAUUUUAUGAAAAUAAAGCACUUUACUACAGCACA